AGCGGAUCAUCCUCCAUCUGUAUACGAUUUUAAACAACAGCGAACGUGCAUUCCACACCUUCAGGAUUGCCAUUCUUUGUAGUCGGACUUUCUUUUCGUCAUCAUGAGGACAUGCGUUUUGGCGUGCCUUAUUGUGUGCGGAAUUACACGGACCCUCGGACUUCAGGGGGCUUCGAACGCUUUGGAAUCCUUGGGAUCCUCGGGAUCCUUGGAUUCCCCCGGUUCUGCAGCAUCCGGCCGGAACUCAAUCAAAAACGGCGUCAAGACAUGGGACAACACGUUUGGAAAACUGACGAAUGCCUCAUCUGCGGAUAUCGCCAGACGGUUUAAGGACAUCACAAUCCUAGGCGUUCGACGCAGGGUCCUGACUGAUGUCACCCAGGGUGGUCACAGGAUGGUCGAGAUGUUUCUGGACACCACCAGCGAUACCGUAUUCGACUGCAAUAUCAUCGGUGAUAAGGCUCUUAUUGAGGUCACUCUAAAUUUAAUUCCCAAAGGCUUCAUUAACAAAGUGACGCAGGAAGAAAUGCAGUACUUCUUGGAAAUGUGCGAUAACAGGGACCCCGAUAAAAGCCCCGUGAAUUCCUUCUUCAAAAACAUAGGCAAGGCAUUCCAGAGCCUCCUCAUAUUUCCUGGGACCAAGUGGUGCGGAGCGGGUGAUGUGGCUAAUAACUACGACGAUCUAGGAGUGCACAAGGGGACUGACAUGUGCUGCCGCGCACACGACAACUCCGACGACAACAUCCCGGCACUACAAAUUAAGCACGGCAUCACCAAUAGAAACCUGUACACGAUGACCAACUGCAAAGAUGACCGCCAGUUCUACAAUUGCCUAUUGAAUGACAGCAGCCCCUCCUCUGUGGCUGUCGGAAAACUCUUUUUCAAUGUACUCCGGAUCGACUGCUUUGCUUACACUUAUCCUAAAAAAUGUGUAAAAAAGAAUCCGUUCUACGUCCCGAUACUGACUCCAAAGUGUGAAAAGUACGAGCCUGACACAUCGGCCCCCAAGGAGUGGCAGAUCUUCCCGCCUGCAAACUUCAUCAAGGAAUACAUCGAGAGAAAGCGGAAUGAGACGAACCAGGCGCGCUUGACGACUGCAGAGAACGAUCCAGAAACGAAGACCAAAUACGCCGGCGUUUGGGUCCAAACUAAAGAACCCGAAGACAAGCCGGUCCUUGAGAACAAAAAUUACUUUGGAAACCUCGUUGAAGGCAGUGAUAUCAGUCCAGCCUUGUCUGAGGAGCUAGUCAACAACAAUUCGCAGGAUGCGAAACUUUCAGUGACGAAGGGGUUCCCUCUUUUACCCAAACUUCAUGGAAAAGCCAACCAGACCCCUCAAGAUCUAAGCUCUUGAGAGAUCUGAUUUAACGAGACAAAAUAAUAUGUAUAUAGUCUUUUUGUCCACAAAGCGGACGCACCGGUGAAAUGAAGUAGAAAAGCACCGAGGUCUAUAGAGCCAUUUCGAUUUUCAUCUCCCCAAAAGUUUGGUGCUGGAGAGAGAAUCAAUCAAAGCACGGUAGUAUUUCGCAAGGUGAUCGUUUUAAGCCCUCUAUCGUUGUGCACCCUGGAUCAUUCACUUUCUUGUUGUUCUGUAUUUUGUGGUACUUUUUUACGUGAACAUGAGCCAACUGGCCCAAAUAGCCAUUUGAAUGUUGUGAUGGAUUUUAAGCUUAGUAGUGCUAUUCUUUGUUGAUAUAACCACUGGACGUGUUGUUUGGAAAUAAAGUCCAUCGUGCUAAUGA